AUGUGUAUUUGUCUGUUCCACUGGCGCUUAAUUAAAUAUGGAAAUUCGGAUGAUCUCAUGAAUGAUGAAGAAGUGAUAUUUCAUGAAACGGGUGAAACUCAAUAUGAUAAGAAUGAAGGAGAUGAUGAAAUGAAAUACAGCAUCGCUACCGACAACCAUACAUCUUCUGGUCACGAGGAUUUUGAUGACGAAAUGGACAGCUCUGAAGAGAAAGUUUCCGAUUGGCAAGAUGUGGAAACGAAAAAUACAAAAACAUUCCCAGUCGAUGACAGCGAUGAUGAAGAGGAUCAACGGGAUAGUGAAGAUGACGAAGAAAGUUUUAUUAAACUUUAUUUGUUGUUUGCAUUAUUCAUUAAUAUUAUCCCCUAG